CCAGGCUCGGCCAGCGCCUCGCGCGCCCUGGAGUGGCGGCUGUCUGUGGCCGGUUCCUGCCUCUGCCCCCGGAGAAGCAGGGUUUUGGGAUGCACGCUCGUUUCUCUAGAGAGCCUCGGGGCUGGGCGGGAAGCUCAGUCCAGCCAGCCGCCGGGCCCCGGCUUGGGUUACCGCCCCAGGGUCGCAUCUCCACGAGUGCCUCCUGGACUCGGCUGUGUCGGGGCGCGUGUGCGCGCGCUUAAACUUGGAAGGUCCCGGAGUCUAGUCCAUGGACCAGCAGUGUCAGCAUCACCUGCAAGCCUGUUAGAAAUGCAGAAUCUCACGCGUCAUUCAAAAUCUACUGAUUUAGAGCCUCCAUUUUUGCAAGAUCUGCAGAUGAAGUUGGAGCCCUUGUUUUUGACAUUGGAUCCUAUACUGUGAGAGCUGGUUAUGCUGGUGAGGACUGCCCCAAGGUGGAUUUUCCUACAGCUAUUGGUAUGGUGGUAGAAAGAGACGACGGAAGCACAUUAAUGGAAAUAGAUGGUGAUAAAGGCAAACAAGGCGGUCCCACCUACUACAUAGAUACUAAUGCUCUGCGUGUUCCCAGGGAGAAUAUGGAGGCCAUUUCACCUCUAAAAAAUGGGAUGGUUGAAGACUGGGAUAGUUUCCAGGCUAUUUUGGAUCAUACCUACAAAAUGCAUGUCAAAUCAGAAGCCAGCCUCCAUCCUGUUCUCAUGUCAGAGGCACCGUGGAAUACUAGAGCAAAGAGAGAGAAACUGACAGAGUUAAUGUUUGAACACUACAACAUCCCUGCAUUCUUCCUUUGCAAAACUGCAGUUUUGACAGCAUUUGCUAAUGGUCGUUCUACUGGGCUGAUUUUGGACAGUGGAGCCACUCAUACCACUGCAAUUCCAGUCCACGAUGGCUAUGUCCUUCAACAAGGCAUUGUGAAAUCCCCUCUUGCUGGAGACUUUAUUACUAUGCAAUGCAGAGAACUCUUCCAAGAAAUGAAUAUUGAAUUGGUUCCUCCAUAUAUGAUUGCAUCAAAAGAAGCUGUUCGUGAAGGAUCUCCAGCUAACUGGAAAAGAAAAGAGAAGUUGCCUCAGGUUACGAGGUCUUGGCACAAUUAUAUGUGUAAUUGUGUUAUCCAGGAUUUUCAAGCUUCGGUACUUCAAGUGUCAGAUUCAACUUAUGAUGAACAAGUGGCUGCACAGAUGCCAACUGUUCAUUAUGAAUUCCCCAAUGGCUACAAUUGUGAUUUUGGUGCUGAGCGGCUAAAAAUUCCAGAAGGAUUAUUUGACCCUUCCAAUGUAAAGGGGUUAUCAGGAAACACAAUGUUAGGAGUCAGUCAUGUUGUCACCACAAGUGUUGGGAUGUGUGAUAUUGAUAUCAGACCAGGUCUCUAUGGCAGUGUAAUAGUGGCAGGAGGAAACACACUAAUACAGAGUUUUACUGACAGGUUGAAUAGAGAGCUGUCUCAGAAAACUCCUCCAAGUAUGCGGCUGAAAUUGAUUGCAAAUAAUACAACAGUGGAACGGAGGUUUAGCUCAUGGAUUGGCGGCUCCAUUCUAGCCUCUUUGGGUACCUUUCAACAGAUGUGGAUUUCCAAGCAAGAAUAUGAAGAAGGAGGGAAGCAGUGUGUAGAAAGAAAAUGCCCUUGAGAAAGAGUUCCCAAGCUUCUACCUUCCUUUGUCACCUUACGUUUCAUAGCUUUAGUAUACUCAGGAAAAGAAUGACCAUCUUUUGUAGAAUGUUUAUACAUUUUUGCAUAUUUCAAUUUCCACUUAAAUUUUUUAAAGCUUUAACUGGCUCUAUAAAUUAAGAUAAGUUUGUGCUUUCCUUGAAAUGCACUUAUUCUUAUUACAAGCAUUUUAUAAUUUUGUAUAAAUGUCUAUUUUCUCUAAAUAUUUUGCUUUCAGUAAAAUGCUUUCCAACUCUGUUUAGUACAUUAAUUACCAGUGGAUUGGUAGAAUUGCUUUUUAUUGACUAGUAAAAGUUACUGCCUAUGCUUUUUACCUUAGGCUUAUAGAAUUAAAUAAAAAUUAGCCAUUCCAGAAAUAUA